AUGCGUACAACAAUAGCAAAAACAACAACAACAACAACGACAACGAAAUUGUGCAACUUUAUUAUACAUGAAAGAUGUGUCUCCAAUGUGGAAACACCUUGUUCCGGCAUUGCACCGUGCAUUAUAAAGAAUCCUGUGGCACAUUGCUGGUCUGAGCCGACACAUCACAAAAGGAAGUUCUGCACAGUUUGCCGCAAGCGUUUGGACGAAACGCCAGCCGUGCAUUGUUUGAUUUGCGAAUAUUUCGCGCAUAUUGAGUGCCAAGAUUUUGCCGUACCGGAUUGCACUGAAAAUGCGACUUAUGUGCCGGGCAAAGAAUUAUUAAAUGUCAAACAUCAGCACCACUGGAGGGAAGGUAAUCUACCAUCAACGUCUAAAUGUGCAUUUUGCAAGAAGACCUGUUGGUCAUCGGAAUGUCUGACAGGGUAUCGUUGCGAAUGGUGCGGCAUGACAACACACGGCGGUUGUCGUCAGUACCUGCCGGCGGAAUGUAAUUUCGGAAUACUUCAACCUAUUUACUUACCUCCACAUUCAGUGUCAAUACCACGUACUGAGGUGCCGAUAGAGGCAAUCAUUGGUGUGCAAGUCAAAUCAAAAACAACCCUGGUUCGCGACUAUUCGUGUCCUGAUUUGAGUGCAAUAAAUUAUGAAUCAACAACAACAACAACUAAUUCAGUUCACCCUGAACUAAGUUUAAGAGAAAUUUUAUUGCUUGAAAGGCAACGCCGUUAUCAAUGUAAACAAAAUUUUUUACUUUCGUCUCCACCAUCAUCGAUAGCCUCAAUUUCACCAACUUCAUCUUUUAUUCGUAUACCUACAGUGGGUGAGAUAUCAUACUCAGUCAAUGAAGGAAAAGAAACUAAAGAGGGCGAAUAUCUCGAGGACGAAGAUGACGUACAGGUUGAUGAGGAACAGAAACUUCAAAAAUGUGAUCGAUCUGAUGGGACACCGGAGCAGGAUGCAAAUGAAGACAGCGCACUGCAACUAACUACCUCUAGUCAUAAAAUUAGUCAAAAGUCUGGGACGUACAUACAAAAAUCGCCCUCAGCUUCAUCAUCUCUGAAUCUUUUUUACACAAAUAUAUUUCGCAAAGUGAAACAUAGUCGCCAACGGAAACAUCUUUCCUCGAACACUGAUGAGGAUGAGGAAGAUGUGGGAGUCUGUGAUAUUAGUGGUGGCGAUAUAAGUGAUGAAUAUGAUCAUUGUGAUGUAGAACUUAAAAAAAGUAAGCGUGCAGCAGCAGCAGCAGCAGCAGCAGCGUCAUCGGUAGCUACUGUUGGUGCGAGUGGUAUUGGUAGUGGCAGUGAUGUUGACUAUCAUGGCGAUGUGGAAGCUGAGACUGCGCCACAUGAAAGUUUAUAUGAGACUUCAGAUACUGGCGGUGAGCUAACCACAACAGAUGAUAUUGAUAUCGACUCUAGUAUGAAUCUAAUUAGUAAUCUUAGCUAUAAUAGUAGUAAUAGUAAUACAUCAAUAGAAAAUCGUAUUAGUGUAGAUAAACGCAAAAAUGCUCAGAUUGCACAACUUACGUCUGCUGUCGUAUCGAGAAAGCGAUCAGCAAAUGCGGAUAAAACUACCGAAACGGCGGUAGACACUGCCUUAGUUGCUCAUGAGAGAGGAGCUACAAAGACUGGUGCUAUUUCAAAAGCAAAACCUAUACUCAAGCCACCGAAGUCAGGUGUUGUUGCUGGUGGUUCUUUGAGUUCACCAAAUUCCAGUGAUCUGUCAUCAGCAUCACCUGUUCCACCACCACUACCACCACCAUCACAACUGUCUCCUGUAGGUCGUAGCAAAUCUUUUCAGGAGCCUGGUGUCAAGCAGCACACACAAACCCCAACUAGCAGACAUAAAAAAUAUACACGCUUCUUUCAACGUAGACGUUCAAAACGUUCCAACUCAGGCGCUCCAAUAAAAAGUGGCAAUAAGAACUGCAGAAGCGAUUAUAGCCUUGAUCGCGUGUCACAAAGUAUAGAAAUAACAAUACAGGAUGAAGAUGGCAAUUAUCAACCUUAUGAUGAUAACUAUUUUACGCUGAGCUCCACGCAAAAUAGAUUACAUAGGGAUGAAGAUGAAGAGGAUGGUGAUAUUGAGAUCGACAUCGAUGACGAUUUAGUAACACGUUUACGUGAAGAAAAUGAAUAUGAUGAAUACUUAGACGAUCGACCACGACCUCACAGUUGUGGUGGGCUUAGUGAUGAUGUAGCUGGUGACAUUAGUGAUGCUGCCAGUAGCCGAAGUCGUUCACAUGCAAGCGAUAAUGAGCACGUUUUCGGGCGUUUGCUGAAGCGAAUGCGACGCUUAUCAUUGGGUUGGCGGAAACCACGUUAUUACAGACGCAGAGCACGAAGUAUAUCAGAGGAGUUUAGUUCCGGAGGCGAUACGCCACGAUUUAAAGAUGAGGAAUCAGUUAGUAAAACAGAAUCCGCGCAUGGUGGUGGCAGCAGAACAGUUGACUGCAGUUCAGGCAGCACGUCUCAUUAUAGACCAGAAUCAGCAGGCCAUAAAUCAGACAAAUCGGACAAGGACAAGGAGAAGAAAGAGAAAGAAAGAGAAGAAAAGGAUAUUGAAAUGAUUAAAGUUUUCGAUGGCAACAACUCAUUCCGCCGUCAACUUUACCGUGUUAUUAUAGUACCAAGAACGUAUACACUCGAACAAUUGUUAACAACUGCAUUACGCGCCUUUCACAUUACUCGUGAUCCCAGUGCAUUUUAUUUAACUGACCUUUAUGCUCCAGCCGGCAUGGAAGAAACACCUUUGCAAGAUCCAACUCCUGUCAUGAAUUUAAUACAUGUAGAAGGUAAACGACCAGCUAUAUAUCUUAGGUUUCACGAUAAGGAUAGAGGAUUUGUACGUGUUUAUCCUGGCAAAUUGCAAUGCUCUCUGGAGGAGACAUUCGUUAGUGUUCCUGUAGAUAAUACAACAAUUAUUAAGGAUUUGAUACGUGAUGCAUUAGAUAAAUUUGGCUUACAAGAUAAUCAAAUACAAGAUUAUAGAUGUUCCGAAGUAUUGCUUGAUCGCGGCGUUACAGAACGCAUACUCUCAUGGAACGAACGACCAUGGGAUAUAAUGAAACAAUUGGGGAAAGACUCAAUACGACAAAUGGAAUUGAUGCGUUUUUAUAUGCAACACAAGCAAGAUCCACAUGGACCAAAUAUUGCAUUAUUUGUAGGUAAUUUACCACCAGGCUUAUCUCAACGGAAUUACGAACAAAUUUUAACAAAAUACGUAACCGAUGAGAAUAAGUUCACCAGCAUUGGGCCAAUUUACUAUGAAUAUGGCUCCGUAGUUUUAACAUUUGAGGACUCACAAAAAGCGGUACGCGCUUUUUACAAUUUACGUGAAACUAUUAUAGAAGAUAAGAAAUUACUGGUUAUGUUGCUGCCAAAUAUUGAACCCAGUAUGGUUCCUUCAGAUGUACGACCAUUGCUUGUUUUUGUUAAUGUUAAGUCAGGUGGAUGUCAGGGUUUAGAACUUAUAUCAAGUUUUAGAAAACUAUUGAAUCCAUUCCAAGUAUUUGAUUUGGAUAAUGGUGGACCCCUACCUGGUUUAUACGUAUUCCGUCAAAUAGCGAAUUACAAGAUUUUAGUUUGUGGCGGUGAUGGAACAAUUGGUUGGGUUCUGCAAUGUUUGGAUAACGUAGGACAGGAUUCGGAAUGUUCAAGCCCACCGUGUGCUAUAGUACCACUUGGCACUGGCAAUGAUUUGGCUCGCGUAUUGUGUUGGGGCUCCGGCUAUACAGGUGGUGAGGAUCCGUUAAAUUUAUUACGAGACGUCAUUGAAGCCGAAGAAAUACGUUUGGAUCGUUGGACUGUUGUCUUUCAUCCCGAAGAUAAACCGGAUGAGCCAGCGCUAAAAGCGCCCUCCAAUACAACGGGUAAGAAGAAGAAGGCUCACCAAGCACAUCUAUCGCAACAAACAAAUCAGCAUCAUCAAUCGAGUGAUAUACCAGGUGGCGGUGCACAAAACGAGGACAAUUCCCAGAUUUUUGUAAUGAAUAACUAUUUUGGCAUUGGAAUUGACGCAGACCUAUGCUUGGAUUUUCAUAAUGCACGUGAAGAGAAUCCAAAUAAGUUCAAUUCACGUCUGCACAAUAAAGGUUAUUACGUGAAAAUGGGGUUGCGCAAAAUAGUUGGGCGAAAGACUGUUAAAGACUUGCAUAAGGAAUUGCGUUUGGAAGUGGACGGUAAAGUUGUUGAACUGCCACCCGUUGAGGGUAUAAUUAUAUUGAAUAUAUUAAGUUGGGGAAGUGGUGCAAAUCCAUGGGGUCCAGAUAAGGAUGAUAAUUUCACAACACCUAAUCAUUAUGAUGGUGUAUUGGAAAUCGUUGGUGUUACUGGUGUUGUGCAUUUGGGGCAAAUACAAUCUGGAAUACGGACAGCAAUGCGUAUUGCACAGGGCGGACAUAUAAAAAUACAUUUAUAUUCGGAAAUGCCAGUUCAAGUUGAUGGUGAACCUUGGGUGCAGAGUCCUGGAGAUGUUGUAGUACUGAAGUCCGCUCUCAAGGCGACAAUGUUGAAGAAGACCAAAAGUAAACGACGUCUCACCGAACCACAUAUCUCGCCGGCAGUCAUGAGCUUAUCUGCUUCGGCGACAGCAUCUGCAGCCGCCAUUCAGUGUGGACCUACUCUAGCAGCUACAGUCGCGGCACCUCAAGCCACAUUAUCACAGUUACAAUUACCAGAAAAUGGCGACCGCGAUAAGGAACCGGUGCAGGGCAACAACACGUAGAGAAAUACACGUCCGUCCGGUUUAUGCUUUUUAUUUUCAUGUUUUCUAUAAUUAUUUACCAACUACACUUUAAUUAAACAAUAAUUCAAAAAAUUUAUGAAAAUAAUAAGAAAAAAAUUUAAACUAAAUAUGAAUAUAUAUUACCAGAACAUGAUACUAACUAAAAAUACGAGUAACACAGGAAAAUACAUUUAAUACAAU